AUGGUGCCUCCCAAAAAAGCAAACGUCGAUAACAGCACCACGAUUCGUGCUGCAUCCCGCAACAAGCAGCGCUCUCUGCCCUCAAAUCGGUCCACCGAUGGCCUUUUCGGCUCCUCGUCAGGCACAUCACUGGCUUCGUCGCUGUCGUCGCUCUUUUCGCCACAGCCGCACGGUAAAGAUGCCGCUCUGGCGUCCUUGCUCGCCUCGAGCUCCAAGUCUCCCGUCAAACUCGGCCAGGCAUCUUCUGGACUAGCUGCUUAUGGCUCAUUCACAAACUCGCAGUCACAGCCAUCGGGCAUCUCCACCCCGAGAAGCCUCGAUGAUAAGCUGAAAGACAAGCGCAAAGGUGUCGCCACAAAAGUAGAUAUCUCCGACUCUACUCCUUCGACGAGCAAAGCGACGAAGGAUGAGACCACGUUUUCGAGCAGUAAGCAGGUUGCAGAAGACGCUUCCACUCCGAGAGACCGUGUGCAGAAACAGACGACAAAGUCUGCUUCCUCAUCGACCAGCACUCCAGUGGUGCCAAAUGUGCCAGUGGGCAGGAAACCGGUCUUCCGCCCUGUGCUGGCCAGCUCCACCGCCGUGUCCUGGCCGGAAAUGCCCAUCGCAGGGUCCAAGACGAUCCUUCAUGCUCUAAUUGAGCUUCUCGCUCAGCCCGACAUCCAGGCCAUACUGCACAGAGAUCUCGGCAGGAGAUCGCGCUUGCGCUCUGCCAAGUGUGCCGAAGCAAGUCCAGCCGCUGACGAGGACAAUAUCGAUGGUGCGGCAUCAAACCCAGACCGGCUUGCACCUCAACAGGUGCUGGCAGGGAUCAACAGCAUCACUCGCGCCAUCGAAGCUGAUAUCGCCCGCGACCUAGAAGAGCUUCAAGCACAGGACGUCAAGCAAAAGGCCAAGGAGGCGCAACAUGCAGGUUCACCGAGUGUCAAGGUCGUCUUUGUGUGUCGACACGAUGUGCCCCAGCCAAUGCUCGUGGCUCAUUUGCCCAUGCUGGUCUCUGCGAGAAACGCCGUCUUGCACGCGUCCGACUCGGAACCAACUUCGGACCUCACUCAAAGAGUCCUACUCUUCGCCCUCCCCAUCGGCUCCGAAUCUCUGCUCGCGAAAGCCCUUAAGAUCAGGCGAGCAUCCGUCAUCGCACUCACUACAGCCUUCACCUCCGCACGCCUCGCACACAUCCUCGCCGCCAUCCAACGUGAAACGGGCUCCGUUUGUCAAUUGAGAGCUUCCUGGCUCGAAACAGCGAUACGCUCCGCCACGCAGUCGCCCCACUACCCACAUUGGCUGCCGCCACUAGCACAACAACCGACGUCGAUCAAGCUGCUGCGAACCACUCAACCAGUCGACCUGAAUGCUUGCAAAGCGGCAAAGCGGACCAAGCGCAAACAGCGAGCCGCGAGCUGGAGGAAGCACAAAAUGGCAACGCUGCAACGGGUGAAAGAUCUCCAGGCCCAACUCAAGGCGAGUCGCAAACGGACAGCCACCGGUACAGAAUUCACCGCAGCCACCACGUUCAGCCAUGUCUAG